AUGGAUGCAUAUCUAAAACUCAUCCAAGACCUCUCCCGAAACUUCAACCACUUCGCCCUCACUAGGAUUCCUCGCUCAGAAAACACUCAGGCGGAUGCCUUGGCCGCACUCGCAUCAAGUUCAGAUUCUGGACUAAGACGAGUAAUCCCCGUCGAGUUCAUCAAACACCCAAACAUCGGACCACCAGUGGUCGCCAAUCUGAUUCGAGCACAAAUCGAAAAUGCGGAGGAAGUCGAAGACCCACCAGAAGAAAACGUGGAUCAGUCGGAAUACGGCUGUGACAGCCUAUGGCUAGAACCAAUCCGAGCAUACACAAUCAACGGAAAGCUUCCCACUGAGAAAUGGGCAGCCCGGAAAAUCAAGACCCAGGCCGCGCGAUAUGUAACGGUAGAAGGAGAAAUCUACAAAUGGAGAUUCUCCGGCCCACUCAUGACCUGCGCCGAAGGCGAAAAAGCAAGAAGAGUAAUGGAGGAGGUUCAUUCCGGAUCAUGUGAAAACAACUCCGGCGGAAGAUCUCUGGCCGUAAAAAUAAAACGCCAUGGUUAUUACUGGCCGACUAUGAUCAAAGACCGCGAGAAGUUCGCACGGAAGUGCGAAAAAUACCAAAGGCACGCGCCGACAAUCCAUCAACCCGCGGUAGUCCUCUCGUCCAUCUCGUCUCCGUAUCCCUUCAUGCGAUGGUCCAUGGAUAUCGUCGGGCCAUUACACAACUCGAAGCAGAAACGCUUCCUCCUGGUCCUCACGGAUUUCUUCUCCAAGUUGGUAGAGGCAGAUUCCUACGCAAGUAUCAAAGACGUACAAGUCGAGAACUUCGUAUGGAAGAACAUCAUCACCAGACACGGGGUCCCUUACGAAAUCGUGACAAACUACGGAACUCAGUUCUUCUCUGCCCGAUUCAAAGCAUUCUGCGAGAAGUGGAAGAUACGACUGACCAAGUCGACUCCCAGAUAUCCGCAGUGCAAUGAUCAGGCAGAGACCAUCAACAAAAAGUGCAAUGGCCAGGCAGAGACCAUCAAUAAAACCAUCCUCGACGGGUUAAAAAAGCGCUUAGAAGCCAAAAAGGGGCGAUGGGCAGAAGAGCUCGAAGGAGUUCUUUGGUCGCUUCGUACGACCCCGAGACGGGCUACGGGUGAAACCCCAAUCUCCCUCGUUUACGGAAUGGAAUGUAUGAUACCCGCGGAGGUAAAAUUUCCCGGAGUACGGAGAAGAUUCCUCCCCGAACGAGAAAAUCUUAACAGCGCAAUGCUGCUGGACGAACUCGAUCUUAUUAACGAGCGGCGAGAUCAAGCUCUCAUACGGAUCCAAAAUUACCAGCACGCCGCCGCAAAAUACUACAACUCAAACGUUCGCCAUCGCAGGUUCAAAGAAGGCGACCUGGUCCUUCUCAAAGUCUUCCAAAACACUGUCGAACGUAACGCAUGA